CAGAGUCAAUGUGGAGGCUAUAUACAGGGGGUACCGGUACAGAGUCAAUGUGGAGGCUAUAUACAGGGGGUACCGGUACAGAGUCAAUGUGGAGGCUAUAUACAGGGGGUACCGGUACAGAGUCAAUGUGGAGGCUAUAUACAGGGGGUACCGGUACAGAGUCAAUGUGGAGGCUAUAUACAGGGGGUACUGGUACAGAGUCAAUGUGGAGGCUAUAUACAGAGGGUACCGGUACAGAGUCAAUGUGGAGGCUAUAUACAGGGGGUACCGGUACAGAGUCAAUGUGGAGGAUAUAUACAGGGGUACUGGUACAGAGUCAAUGUGGAGGCUAUAUACAGGGGUACUGGUACAGAGUCAAUGUGGAGGCUAUAUACAGGGGGUACUGGUACAGAGUCAAUGUGGAGGCUAUAUACAGGGGGUACUGGUACAGAGUCAAUGUGGAGGCUAUAUACAGGGGUACUGGUACAGAGUCAAUGUGGAGGCUAUAUACAGGGGGUACCGGUACAGAGUCAAUGUGGAGGCUAUAUACAGGGGGUACCGGUACAGAGUCAAUGUGGAGGCUAUAUACAGGGGGUACCAGUACAGAGUCAAUGUGGAGGCUAUAUACAGGGGGUACCGGUACAGAGUCAAUGUGGAGGCUAUAUACAGGGGGUACUGGUACAGAGUCAAUGUGGAGGCUAUAUACAGGGGGUACUGGUACAGAGUCAAUGUGGAGGCUAUAUACAGGGGGUACUGGUACAGAGUCAAUGUGGAGGCUAUAUACAGGGGGUACCGGUACAGAGUCAAUGUGGAGGCUAUAUACAGGGCGUACCAGUACAGAGUCAAUGUGGAGGCUAUAUACAGGGGGUACCGGUACAGAGUCAAUGUGGAGGCUAUAUACAGGGGGUACCGGUACAGAGUCAAUGUGGAGGCUAUAUACAGGGGGUACCGGUACAGAGUCAAUGUGGAGGCUAUAUACAGGGGGUACCGGUACAGAGUCAAUGUGGAGGCUAUAUACAGGGGGUACCGGUACAGAGUCAAU